CAUCCAUCUCAAUUAAGCAUCACACGCCAUCGGCACAAAAACAAAUGGAGCUCAUGUGGCUUCUCCUCGCUGCUCUCCUCCUCCCUCUCUCCUUCCUGCUGCUCUCCUCGCGCGCCAAGAACGGCGGAAAGGCGGCCAGCCACCGCCUGCCGCCGGGGCCGGCCGUCGUGCCGGUGCUCGGCAACCUGCUGUGGCUGAGGCACCAUGGCAUCGACAUCCUGCGCACCAUGCGCCGCCUCCACGCGCGCCACGGCCCGCUGCUCACGCUCCGCAUGGGCUCCCGCCUCGAGGUCACCGUCUCCGACCGCGGCCUCGCGCACGCCGCGCUCGUCGAGCGCGGCGCCGCGCUGGCCGACCGCCCCGGGUUCGCGUCGAGGGACCUCAUGGGGCUCAACGCCGCCACCAUCUCCACCUCCAGCUACGGCCCGCUGUGGCGCCUGUUCCGGCGAAACUUCGUGGCCGAGGUCGCGCACCCGGCGCGGCUCCGGCUGUUCGCGCCGGCGCGGGCGGCGGUGCUUGCCGAGCUCACCGACAAGCUGCGGCUCAGGGAGGAGGAAGGGGGCGGCGACCAAGGCACCAUCGUGGGAACGUUCCAGUACGCCAUGUUCCGCCUCCUCGUGGCCAUGUGCUUCGGGGAGCAGCUCGGCGAGCGCGCCGUGCGCGACAUCGCCGCCGCGCAGCGCGACCUGCUUCUCUACUCCUCCACCAAGGUCAGGGUCUUCGCCUUCCUGCCAGCAGUCACGACGCGCCUCUUCCGCGGCCGCCUGCGGGCCAUGUUCGCCAUGCGCCAACGGCUCAAGGACAUGUACAUGCCGCUGAUCGACGCGCGCAGGGAGCGCAAGAAGCAGCUCGGACUCGGAGCCGUGCCGCCUCAGCCGCAGGACGACGAGACAACGACGACGCUGCCGCACUCUUACGUCGACACGCUUCUGGACAUCCGGCUGCCCGACGACGGCGGGCGGGCGCUGACCGACGACGAGAUGAUUGCGCUGUGCUCGGAAUUCCUCAACGGCGGCACGGACACCACGUCCACGGCGCUGCAGUGGAUCAUGGCUGAGCUUGUCAAGAACCCGGCCAUCCAGGAGAAGCUCCACGACGAGAUCAAGUCCACGAUGGCCUCCACCGGCUCGGAUCAUAUCUCCGAGGAGGACGUGCUCAGGAUGCCGUACCUGAAGGCGGUGGUGCUGGAAGGCCUCCGGCGCCACCCGCCGGGGCACAUGCUGCUGCCGCACGCGUCGGCGGAGGACAUGGAGCUGGGCGGGUACGUCAUCCCGAAGGGCACGAUGGUGAACUUCUUGGUGGCGGACAUGGGCAUGGACGAGCGGGCGUGGGAGCGGCCGACGGAGUUCGCGCCGGAGAGGUUCAUGCCGGGCGGCGACGGCGAAGGCGUCGACAUCACGGGCACGCGAGAGAUCAGGAUGAUGCCGUUCGGGGCCGGGCGGAGGAUCUGCCCCGGGCUCAACGUCGCAACGCUUCACCUCGAGUACUUCGUGGCGAACCUGGUGCGUGCGUUCGAGUGGCGAAGCGCGGAGGGGGAGGAGGUGGACGUGGACGGCGAGAAGGCCGAGUUCACCAUCGUCAUGGCCAAGCCGCUCCAGGCGCGCAUCGUGCCCAGAGGAGCUGUUUGAGACUUGGCGAGACUGUGUUGCGCGCUUGCUUGAUUUAAUGUAACGUGUCAGUGUACUAGUAGUACUAGAUAAUUGUUGCUUUGUUUUGGUGAAUUAGUGGAUAAUGCCUUUUUGUUGCUAGUGCAAUUUUCAUAGAUUUUGUCAUCAGGAUGAAAACAAAAGCCACAAUCAUCCGCCUUUUAUAUGGAACGGAGGUCGACCACUGAUCUGAA